AUGGCUGGUUCAGCACAAUGUGAGCCCGACUUCGACAUAUCGCAUUACAUCAACGAGUCGCAUUUCGCAAACGAGUUUAUCGAUUCUGAUGAAGGGAGUCCGCUUCCCGACCUGCUCGAGUCCGAUGUUGCCAGCCCCCGGCCUCACCGCCCGCACAGCUCCGGCGCCGACUCAUUUCACGCCAUGCCGGAUGCCCCGCAAGGUUGUGGUUCCCCCUCGGAGGCCCUCGGGCUUGUAAGUACGAGCUCGCGCUCCAGGGAUGGUCAUCGUGGGUCUACGUUUGACUCGGGGUCUUCGAAGCGGACAUCAACUACGGCCUUGACACAACUAACCGCGGGCGAUUUGCGGCUGAAUGGCGCCAAUGGCAAGACAGAUUGGGACAUGAUGGCAGACGCCUUUCCAGGGACCGACGCCAGCGUAUUUCCCAUGGGGGGACAGACAUUUGAGUUUCUAAACGGGCGUGGCGCCCCCGCGCAGUCCCGGAUGCAAAGUCCAAUGGACAGUCCUAGUCCAUUUGGGUCUGCUCUCACUGCGCUAUCUCCUGAAGCUAUCAUGGCCUCUCCGCCGCCUGGCGAUGAGAGCUACCUGGUAAGUUUGCACGGGGCACGUGCCGUUUCUUGCAUGCUGACCAGCCCGAAGCCAUUCACCUUUAAAGCGCCAGGACUGCGGCAGGAUGCGACAGCAGAAGGGCCGUUAUGUAUGCGCCCAUCUCAAGCGCCGGUGGCGCUGAAGUACGAAUUCCACGGCUCACAGGAAGCAGGCGCCGGGUCGACAAGCAUAGCUGGGUUCAUGGACGCCCUCUAUCCGAACACAGGUCAACUCGCCGCAGGGGGCCCGUUCUUCCCGAAUAACGGCCACAUGCCCCCGGUCGACUAUCAGCCAUAUGGCCCCGGACCGUACACAUUAGAAGUCGGUGCCACAAAUACCAAAUCCCGAGUUGAGACGCAGAUUACGAUCAAGCUCAGGCUCCCGCAGCUCCCGCUUGGGGUCACAAAGGUCCAUCUUCCCAAACAUACGAUCAGCAAGCCCAAAUUCUGGACAAAGCCGCCCCCGCAACCGUCACCAGAUACGCUCGAGCUGCAUGUGACGCUUGUUUGUACAAGCGCGAUGCAGGUGCAACAACAGAGAACGGCGGCUUUACAGCGGGCACAAACGGCUGCAGGGUUACGAAAGAAAAAUGAGAGCACAAAGUCGGAAGAGGAGGUCGAAGAGGUGAAAACGCAGGAGGGUGGCGAGGUUCAAAUCUGCGAGAAUUGCAUAGGCCGAGAACGAAAACGCGCGGGUCGCAAGAAGUCGAAGCACCCGCAGGACGAAGAGGCUUGGAGGCAGGACGAGGCGAAGCGAGUGAUCGUUUUCAACACGCAAGAAAUCAAGGAGUGGGCCUUGCAGAAUCACCCCGAGACCGGCUCCCGGAGGUAUUGGCAGGUGGAGGCACCCAUGAGAAUUGCCUGUUAUUGUCGACACCACGCCGAAAAGCAGGGGUUCCAGAUCAUCUUCACCUUGACCGACCAUCUUGGCAAGCUUGUCGCCCAGACCAUGUCCGAGUCCAUAAUGAUCACCGACGAUCACAAGACGACGAGCCCCAAUCCGAUCUCGAAGCCCGCUUCCGGAAUGCCGGCCGCAAUGCUCACCCCGCGGGAAGAGCUGCCCAUACAAGUCGCUCCGGGCCCCGGGCCUUCGUUGGAGUCAUCCCCGAGCCUUGACUUGCAGGCCGCAAGACGGAGUUCCUCAAGCUCGACGCCCAUCUCGGCAGUGCCGCCAGAGCAACUUCAGCCAUCAUUUACCGCUCAACAUCUCUCCCGCCCCGCGUCCCCUUCGUUCUCCACCGGGCCAGCGAAACGUCGGAGAGCCAACAACUCGACGUCAAAAAUACCCAGCGACUUGGCCAUGACGCCGCUUGAUACAUCGUUUUUAUCCGCUCCCCGGAUGCCUAAUUCCUCUACGAAUUCCAACAUGGUCACCCCGGCAUCAUCGUCGUUCUCCCCGACACCUCCCCCCUCGUUCCCGCCACCCGCGGAGCUACAAUUGUUUGGUCCUAGUCCUGCCAUGCCAGAUGUAUCGACGAGUCCGUUCGGGAACAAUCCGCUCUCAGGUGGCAACAACGGACAGCUUCUUUCGCCCAACCCGACCAGGGCGCCUAGCCUGGCCAACCUAGCCAUCUCUAUGUUUGGCCCGCCUUCGUCAGGCCGACAUAAUCCAGCUGUCUCCCCGGCUGCUGCUCCUGCUCCGCCCCGCCACGCACCACACACCGCCGCCGGCCAAGGGAGGAAUCAACAACCCCAGACGCAAAGGGCCAUUUUCAAGGUCAUCCCUGGCGAGGGCCCUGUCGCUGGCGGCAUCGAAGUUACCUUGAUGGGCCAAGGAUUCGAAGCUGGGAUGCAGGUUAUGUUUGGCGACAAGCAAGCGCCGGGUACUAUGUACUGGUCAUCGGAGAGUCUCGUGUGCUUGCUGCCUCCCUCCGAGAUGGCUGGUAUGGUACCUGUUACCAUCAGAGGCCUGAACUUGGGCCCUCAGUGGUUCCGAUACGUGGAUGAUAGCGAGCAGCAGUUGCUUCGCACCGCGCUCAUGAUCCUCGGCAACAAGAUGACGGGUGGAUACGAGGACCCGACCGAAUUCGCCCGUCGAAUUAUCAAGGAAUCCUCGAGUGGUUACCCCUCGGGUGGCGGUGACAUGUCCGGCGCAGAAGGCUCCUCUAACCAUGCCAUGGACAACUUUGAGAACCACCUUCUCAAGCUAAUGGAGCUGAUGGACCUUAGCAACAGCACUCGGAAGCCGCGGCUUAAUCUCAGGCGGAGGGUAACAGGCCAAACCAUGCUGCACUUGGCCUGUAAGAUGGGCCUGCACCGCUUCGUCGCCGGUCUCCUAGCGCGAGGCGCAAAUCCAGACCCGCGCGACAACGGCGGCUACACGGCAUUGCACAUGGCAUCCAUGAGCAACCAGCCCCAGAUUGUCCGGCUCCUGAUCGCCCAUGGGGCAGACCCAACGCUACGGACUUUGUCAGGCUUGACGGCUGUUGAUGUCGCCAAGUCAAAGGAGGUAGUGCGCAUCAUCCACCGCUUCGAACAGCAUCGACGAUCACAAAGUGACAGUUCGUCGCACAGCCGCGUCAACAGUGUCGCCAGCUUCAAGUCAAUUCGGGCGGCUGUGUCCCAAGAAAUCGCUGAUACGUCAAGCGAUGAGCCCGGGCCGGAGGCGGAGAGCUCAGAGGAGUAUUCGGAAGCCUACUCAUCGGAUAUCCCGGAGGAGGCCGGAGCUGCCGAUCAAACGGAGCUUCGCAUUCGCCGGAAGAGCGCUGUCAACACGCCCGCCCGCGCGAGGAGCCCCUCUCGUCCCCGACGACGAGGUACCGACGCAACGGGUGCUCUUAUGGCCGCGAUCAAGGAGCAAGUUGCGGCUCAGUUCCAGCAGCUCCAUCAGAGAAUGGAGCCGCACCUGCAAUACCUGCCGCAACUACCUCAGCUUCCCCAGCUUCCUCAGUUGCCCCAGUUCCCUCAAUUCGCGCAGCUGCCCAACUUCCCCCAGAUCCCCAACAUGCCCCCGCUUCCCGAGUAUCAAAACCAGGUCCUACAGCGGCUUGCAACUAUGAUUGGCGGCGCCAGGCCAGAGCCGGGCGUAGAUGGACCCCAGAACAGGGGCGCCGAGAGCACCUGGCAGUACCUGUCACCCUUCGCCGCUAAGGCCACCGCAGCCCCCCCGGCCUACGACGAGCUCUUCCCUCACCAAGGCGACCUGGACACGAAACGAUCAUCUGCCGCCCAAGCAGCCGUCGACGCCGCGGCAGACUCCAAAUGCGCCACGCUGUUCGACCAGGCAGAGACUUCGGCCUCAGCAAGCGCCGAAACCGACAUCGCGGUCGCGGAGGAUACUGCCGAGGAGUCGGAAGGCCAAGAGAUCCCCGCACUGUUGCAGAUCGGUCGCAAGGAUGCCAUCACCCAAGAGCAGCAGGCCACGCUCCGGCGAGCGCACGCGCAGAAUCUGAAGAAGUUGAGCUGGGACCGGAACCUCUUCUUCGUCUGGAUUCCGCUGCUCAUCCUCAUGAUCGGUGCCAUGGUCUACCAUGGCAUGCCGGGUUUUGUCGGGAAGACCCGCAACCCGAUCUCGUUUGUCCCGAAGGCGCAGGUCGAGGUGCCUGUGGCUGUUCCUGCUGCUGAUGUGCACCAUGCGGCGGGCGUUCCUGGGGCUGUUGCUGCUGCGGCGGUGUAG